ACUCCAAAUCUUCCUUUAAAUUUAAACACUUUACGACUACCUCCUCCAUACCCGGUAAACCCGACUUUCCAGUCAAUUUCACCACCUCCCACUUUUUCAAACUCCUCUUGUUCACCAAUUGGUUUUGGUUAUAACUAUGCUAUUAAUAAACAAAGUUUUCCGACAGUUGGUUUUAAUAACGUUACGAAUGUCACUCCUUUAUCACAAACAAACACAAGUUCUUUAACCUCCAUUUCAGUAACGACCACGCCAACUACUUCUCAUUCACUUAUAAAUAAUAACUUGUCAUUAUCAAAUACUCCUUCCGCAAAUUUUAAUACAAGACCCACAGUUAACCACUCUACGCCUACGUCAAGUGCCAAUUGUGUGGAAGCUGAAGAAAUAACUCCGACUAUAAAUAAAAAUGGCCACCACAGUUUACAAAGUAAUAACAACAGUAAUAAUACCGGCACAGCUAACAGCGUUACUACUGUUCGUAAAACGUCUAUUCCUUCCGGCGAGUCUGACGGAAUGCAAAUAAAGGACCAACCUAAUAGUAUCGUGGAGUAUUCUACAAAUUCAGUCCAAGAAGUCGAGUAUGUAGAAUAUGGUCCUUCAUGCCCUACUACUCCCAAACAUGAGACUAUGGAGGUAGACGACGACGACGAAGGAACCCACUUUGUUUCUGGUUUAGACCAGCUAGCUAGUACAGCUCUCAAUGAACUUCAAAAUAUGAGAAGAAAAGAACUGGAAACGAGUGAAGUCGAAUCAGUUGAAGAAAAUGUUCCUUCCCAAGAAGAACAGGAUUCUCUUCCAGCUUCUCCGUUCGUCGAACAUUCCUUCUCACCGAUGAAGACACUUGUAUCACCGCCAUCAUACGAAAGUACUACGGGAAGUACACCUGCGCCCCCUCAAACAGAUUCAGAAUUUCCGCAGUAUGAAUAUGAAGAAACGUCUGGUGAAACUACUGAGACUGAUAGCGAUGGAAGUAGCUCAAGGGAAGCAACUACUUCUAAUAAAGCUGCUUCUAAACGUGUUGUUAAGAAAAGUAAAAGCAAGAAAUAUUUAACGAAGGCUAAAGGUAAAGAAAAGAAGGAUCGACAAACCAAAAAUCGUAAAUAUAAAAUAAAACGGGAAGAUCCUGAAACAGUAUCAUCUGAUGAUGAUAAACCACGAAAACGUAAUCCUUCAAUCAACCGACCGAGAAUACCUCCAUUAAAGAGGAAAGCUACUUCCCAGUCUGUCCACAGUAGUAGUAAAAAUAAGAGACUUAAAAAAGCUUCGUCAUCUCCACAUUUUCGUUCAAGAACUACUUCCAAUAAUUCAAGCGUCAAUAAUUCUCCACGCUUGCAACCUCAGGCCGAAAUAACUACAGUUGAUGAUAUGGUUAUUGUAGUUGCAAAAAAGGUGCAACACUACUGUAUAUGUAGAUCAACUGAUGGUGAAUCAUUUAUGAUUGAGUGUGACAACUGUGAUGAAUGGUUUCAUGGUGACUGUGUCAACAUUUCACGGGAGGAAUCACAGAUGGUUGAUAAAUAUUAUUGUCCGAAUUGCACAGAUUUGGGACAUAAAACAUCAUGGAAACCUGAAAAGUGUAAAUACCCGCCUUGCAAAAAACCUGCAAGGUUUGUAAAAACUAAAUUCUGUUCAAUUAAGUGUGGGUUAUCAUGGAACCGCGAACUUUUGAAAAAGGAAGAAAGACUUGCAAAAAUGGGCAAGUUAUUAAAACAAAAGGUUAAGGACAAUAAAGAUAGAAAAGGUCGCGUAAAACGAAAUGUAACAAAUCGCGCCGGACAUUUAGAAGAUAGUGAACAUUUGAAAAAGAUUUCCAGACGGAAAGAUUCAAUAAAAAGAGAACUAGAAAUAAUCGACAAACGUAAUAAAAUAACAAUAAAAGGUUCAGAGAAGUCACAAAGUGAUAGUGAACCAGAUGACAGCAACCGAUCAUCUCAAGAUGUGCCCUGCGAAUUUGAUAAACAAUCCGAAAGUGAUGUUAAUAUUCGCAAUGGACAAAUCUGUGGAUACAAUCCGCGCUUAGAUUGGGUGGAUAAUGACGUUAAAGAAAAAGUUGGUGCUGUUGAAGAAGUUUGUUCUGCACCAAGGGGAAAAUGUAAAAAGCACGGUAGUUGGCAAAAACGUCGAAUUACUCAGAUAGACUUGAUGAAAGCGAGCAAAAUUGAAAGGCUUGAAGAUCUUUCCGAGAAACAAAAACUUAUCAAGGCACGCAUGAAGAAGCGAACUGAUAUGCACGAUGCUUUCACAAACCAAACCAUCGAUCAUACAGCAAACAGAAAGAAUAA